AAUAGGCGUAUGCCACUGAAUGCAGCGCGCACACGGUAUUCUUUAGUAAAAGGCGAAAGAAUAGUUCGCUUUGUGCUCACUGCGUGGCUGCGUGAGUUCUGUUGUAGCCAGUGCUUCCCUUUUUAUACUGUAACAAAGUCUGGAUUUACUCUUUUCUUCCGAUGUGGUACGCACAUCAUUCUUUUUUCAAAAUUAAAUUUCUGUAUUCUUCUUGUUCUUCUCCUUCUUCACCAGUCCUGCAAUUACAUAUGAUUGAAAAUUUAGAUGUUUCAAACUAAAACAACUUCUGCGGUUCGGCAUGCUUUGUAAUCUAAUAUUCGAUUUCGCUUCAGCUUAUGGGUUUUUUUGAAGAUUAUAUAUGCUCACAAGCUGAUCGACGAAAUGCUGCACAGAAUGAUUUGGACUAAAUAUCUUGAAUUUCGAAUCCAGGUUGGUUUUUAAUUGUAUAAUGGAGGAUCCAAUUGGCAUAAACAGAUCACAAAGCAGUUCUCGGUCGUUUAAAUUGCAUGGUUUAUGCUUACUUUAAGUUAGCCUUACAAUGGCAUUGAGUAGUAUGAGGAACCUUAUACCUCGAGCUCAGAUUUUGAUUGCCAACAGAAGUGGAUUGAUGCGGUUUUAUCACUACUCAGAAGAAGUCCAUGAGGAGACUUUGCCUUCUGAAUGGUAUGAGAAAGCUUUCACAAAAUUAACAAAAUUGAGCCACUUGCUUAAGCAUGUGGACUUUGUUGAUGGUAAGCUAGUCAAUGUUAAUGACCAAGCAAGAGUUUAUGAUGAGAGCUUGGAACAAAAGAUGUCUACUUUUAAAUUAUUGGCUAGGACUUUUAUUGGGUGUCCAUCAAUGCAAGAAAUGAUGAAGAAGAAUAUGAUGGAAGCAUUAGCUGAUGCACAAAGCGACCAGCCCAUGUAUUUCAGCAAAACUAGCGAGAGGGAAUCGAUUACAAUUGAUUCCCUAACAGAAGUGUCAAACUUCUUGAAUGUGUCUGCUCAACAGAAGAAGCUUGUCAGGCAAUCGAUAUGUGCACAGGUGACAAAGUACCCGAUAUGGACAGGGGCACUCGAGGAGAUAUUGAAUGGAUUGAAUUCUGAGAUAGAUUUUCUAAAUAGUAGGUGUCCGAGUAAAGAAAUUAAUAUGGCGCAGCAAAUAGUUACAACUUGUCAAAAGUUUUUAGAAAAUGCCACUUCUUAUGACCCUGAAUCCACUUCAUGGAUGCGCCUCGCACCUGCAAAAGGCGUGGAGUCACCUGCUUCUCACAAGUGGGAAGAUGUUCUUGAAAUGUUCAUCGACCUUACUAAUUGCUUGAGUGAAGAGAUAAAAUUAACUUCAGAGGUUAAGAAGCUUGAGGUCAUGAAAGAAGGGCUUUAUCAGAUUAGGGAUGUUUCAAUAGACAAAAACAUUGGGUAUAAAGAAACUCGCCACCAGGAGAGUUUAGUGCACAAGAAGUUGAGUAAGACAUUGGGCCACUCAUCGCGAUGCGUGUUCACUCUUCUUCUUUAUUAUCUUUAUGGCAGCAUAUGGGAUAUUGAAGUUGAAGUUUGUGGAGGACUUUAUGCAAUUGAUCGCGGGGAUAAAUUCCGUCUGUGCAUGGGAAAGAUCUUAACAUCCAAUGAGGAGAAUACAGUGCAGAGUGGGGUAAAGCAACUAAGCAGAGUUCUGGGGCUUUUCAAGUUUGUAUGGGAAACGGCAGGAAUGAAAGGCGACCUAGAAGUACAAGGCCAUUUGUGGUGCAUUGGUGCUGAGAAUAAGCUAUUUACCUAUAGAAACAAUAUGUUCUUGUUGCAUUCUAUUAGUUGCUGAUGCGAGACUUUUCUGUGACAAUGAGAACUAGAAAGGUUCCACCAGAGGAUGAUGUAUUCAUCAUUGAAUGUGUUUCGUAGGUUAGCAUCUGAUCAACUAUUUGCUGUCAUAUCAUUUUCAGUAUCUUAGUUAUGAUAUGGGGGAACUUUAUGUCUGAGUUACAAGACAAUCAUCACUUCAUUAGUUUGUUACAAAUUGGUGACACUGUAUUUGAUAAAUUGGUUUUGCUGUUUAACUUAUUCGUUGUUAUUUUCUUUCUGG